CAGAAAUUGAAGACUUCUGUCACACCUCCAUGAUAGGAACUCCCAUACUUGAAGCUAAUAAAUACAUGCCUAUCGUAUGGCACACACUCCCAGUCCCAGAGACAUUCCCUUCCACCUAUACUCAACCUCGAGUUCUUUAUUUGGCCCCAAAAAAAAAAAAAAAGAAGACAAAACCAAAAACAAAACCUCGAGUUCUUUAAACACCCAGGAAGAAGUCACUGUAGAUCCCCACAAGAUGUUUGAUCAGCAUGCUAUGGAAUAUUGUCAUUCAGCAGCAGCUGCGGAAGCAGAAGCCUAUAGCAGCACAGAUCCAUCAGGAGGAGGAGUACUCACGAGGAAGAGGAAGGGAAGCAAAAUCCAGAGAAGGUUCAGUGAUGACCAGAUCAGAUCGUUGGAAUCCAUGUUUGAGACAGAGUCAAGGCUUGAGCCGAGGAAGAAGGUGCAGCUGGCAAGAGAGCUCGGGUUGCAGCCAAGGCAAGUUGCUAUAUGGUUCCAGAACAAGAGGGCGAGAUGGAAGUCCAAGCAGAUUGAAAGAGACUACAGCAUACUAAGAGCUAGUUAUAGCAGCUUGGCUUCCAGGUUCGAAGCUCUGAAGAAGGAGAAGGAGGCAUUGCUAAUUCAGAAGUCAAUGACUCUAGUUUCAAUGUCAAAGCAGUUGCAGAAGCUGAAUGGUCAAAUACAGAAGCCAAACGAGCAAGCUCAGUGCUGCACGCAAGCCAAACCAGCAAACAGCAUGGACAGUGUAUCAGAAAAUGGAGACACCGCUAGAGCAAAACCUGAGGAAAAUCCGAGCUCAACAAUGGAGCGAUCAGAGCACGUACUGGGUGUUCUCUCAGAUGAUGACAGCAGCAUAAAGGCAGAAUACUUUGGCCUUGAAGAUCAACCUACUCUUCUGAAUUUUGUCGAGCAAGCAGAUGAUUCCCUGACUUCAGCAGAAGAUUGGCGUUCUUUUGAUUCAGAUGAACUCUUAGACCAGUCUCCUGCUGGUUACCAGUGGUGGGACUUCUGGUCCUGAGUGAGACAGGGUAUCUGAAAAUUUAUAGAGGAAAAUGUGUUGAAGUGAUGCUACAAGUGAUCUCUAGUCCAAGAGGCUGGCGGGUCAAGAUUGGGGUGGGAAAGGGAACAAAUUUCUGUAUAACAAGAGAGUUUACCUGUAGCCCUGUAGGGAUUACUAGGGACUAGGUGAUCAGUAUGGAGGGUUCCAUCUUUAGACUUUUGGCGAUGAUACCGUAAGCUGCUGCGGCAGAUGCUGAUAUCCAGAAAUAGCUGCAAUCUCUUCAUCCAGUGAAUCUGAAGAUGAUGUGGAGUAAUCAUGAGAGGGAUAAAAGAUCAAAAUAGGGUUUACAGAGGGUGGAAUGUUAAGAGUUCUUUUGACACUAUAUACUAACUGAUGUGCCCGAGGGAGAUAACAAUCCUGCAUAACUAGCAUAACCAUCUUGGAUUAAAUGGGAUCAAACACGAAACAUGUAAUACGACCAAUAUAAAAUCUCAACAGCAGUUUUUGUGAUUAACUUUUA